AUGCCGGAUGAGCACUCGCUCUAUCACAAGUCACAUCGUCUAGCCACAGAUGUGAGUAGACGUGAAAGCCUAGAUUCCCUGCUGUCUUCGGGAUCGGGCCCAAUCACUAGCGGAAGCAGCGACGAUGUAGAACAUCCCAAAGGCGACCGGCCAACGAUACCUGCUGCAAGACGUACUUCUUUCCUCGAGGAAGAUGAAGAGCAACCGGUCUCUUCUGUAUCAGCCAACAGUGCUGCAAACAAGAUCAAAGACGUACCCGUGACUUGGACGUCCUUGCCCAAGAAGGGUCAGUUAGCUGUCCUAACCAUAGCAAGACUCUCUGAACCAUUGAGCGAGCGUUCCUUAGCCGCGUAUAUGUUCUUUCAGUUGAAGUGGUUUGAUCCUUCAGUACCAGACUCGACCAUCACAUCUCAAGGUGGACUGCUCACUGCUGCAUUCGCUGCGGCUCAGUUCUUUACCGCUGUCUGGUGGGGGCGAGCGGCUGAUACACCUUGGAUUGGCAGGAAGAAAGUCCUGCUCGUUGGCCUUACUGGAACUGCUAUCGCCAGUAUAGGCGUCGGUUUCUCAAAGUCUUUCUACCAGGCCAUCUUCUUCAGAGCUCUGGCUGGUGCUCUGAACGGAAAUAUUGGUGUAAUGAGGACCAUGUUGUCCGAGAUUGUACAGGAGAAGAGGUUUCAGUCGCGGGCUUUCCUCUUACUGCCCAUGUGCUUCAAUAUAGGCGUCGUGAUCGGACCAAUUUUAGGUGGUUUUCUUGCAGAUCCCAUAUCUGCAUUCCCAAAUGUCUUUGGCCCUGGUUCGUUGCUUGGUGGCAAGAAUGGGGUCAGCUGGAUGGUCGCCUUCCCGUAUGCUCUGCCAAACCUAUUCAGCGGUAUCUUCAUCUUUGUUUCAGCAAUGUGUGUCGUCUUCGGCUUAGAUGAGACGCACGAGGCCUUGCGUGACAAGCCUGACUAUGGCCGCAAGGUCGGAAGACUUGUUACUGACUUGAUCUGUCGCCGCAGAGACAGAACCGGAUAUUCGCAAGUAGCUACAGAUGAAACAGAAAUGCAGCCUACACCAACCACGCCAACCGUGCCUGCAAGCUCUGGCGAGACAGUCUUUCCACGUUCUGUGCCAGACAUCGAGCGCCAGCCCAUGGUUUCACCAACAAUGAAUCCUCCAAAGACUGGUCAUAACACGAACACAUCGCCUUUCCGACAGAUUCUAACCAAGAACGUCCUCCUCACGCUCGCGCAGCAUCAUCUGCUCGCCUUCCACGUCAGCAGCUUCAACGCGUUGAUCUUCCUUCUACUUCCAGCACCCCGAGCAAAUAACGAGGGGUUCCACUUCCCAUCUCUACGCUUCACUGGUGGUCUUGGGCUUUCCCAAGAGAAAGUCGGUCUAGCAAUGGCCAUCCUCGGCGUUAUCGGUCUCCCCCUACAAAUCCUACUCUACCCGACAUUGAACACACGUUUAGGCACGUUACCCAGCUACAGGCUCUUUCUUCCCUUUUCAGUUCUAGCAUACACUACUCUCCCAUUUCUGGUGCUAGUACCCAACCAGCCAGCAUGGUUGGUAUGGAUACUGCUCAGUCUGGUCUUAGCAGCUCAAGUGUUGAGCCGAACAUUUGCAUUAACAGGCACAGUCAUACUGGUCAACAAUAGCAGCCCCAGUCGUACUUCGCUGGGGACUAUACACGGAGUUGCGCAGAGUGCUAGCAGCGCAGCAAGAAUGUUGGGCCCGACGAUAGGAGGAUGGCUACUAGGUGUAGGCUUGAAAGGAAAUUUAGUGGGUGGAAUUUGGUGGGGUUUGGCGGUUGUUGCACUUGCUAAUUGGGGACUGCUAUUUUUGAUUUACGAAGGUGAUGGGAAGGGAGGCAAGGCAUAG